AUGUCCUACCUGCACUCUACUCAGAGGAUCCUCAUCUCCAGUGAGAAAGAAUACCAGAAAAGCCAUGGAGGGCUGAAUCAGCUAGGAGGGGCCUUUGUGAAUGGCAGGCCUCUGCCGGAAGUUGUCCGUCAACGCAUCGUAGACCUGGCCCACCAGGGUGUAAGGCCCUGUGACAUCUCUCGCCAGCUCCGUGUCAGCCAUGGCUGUGUCAGCAAGAUCCUUGGCAGGUACUACGAGACUGGCAGCAUCCGGCCUGGAGUGAUAGGGGGCUCCAAGCCCAAGGUGGCCACUCCCAAGGUGGUGGAGAAGAUAGGGGACUACAAGCGGCAGAAUCCUACCAUGUUCGCUUGGGAGAUCCGGGACCGGCUCUUGGCAGAAGGCGUUUGUGACAAUGACACUGUACCCAGUGUCAGCUCCAUCAACAGAAUCAUCCGAACCAAAGUGCAGCAGCCAUUCAACCUUCCCAUGGACAGCUGCGUGGCCACCAAGUCCCUGAGCCCAGGACACACGCUGAUCCCCAGCUCAGCUGUAACACCCCCAGAGUCACCCCAGUCAGAUUCCUUGGGCUCUACCUACUCGAUCAACGGACUCCUGGGAAUUGCUCAGCCUGGCAGCGACAACAAGAGAAAGAUGGAUGACAGUGACCAGGACAGCUGUCGGCUGAGCAUCGACUCACAGAGCAGCAGCAGUGGUCCCCGAAAGCACCUUCGGACAGACGCCUUUAGCCAGCACCACCUGGAGCCGCUUGACUGCCCAUUUGAGCGGCAGCACUACUCAGAGGCUUAUGCCUCCCCCAGCCACACCAAAGGCGAGCAGGGGCUGUAUCCACUGCCCUUACUCAACAGUGCCCUGGAUGAUGGGAAGGCUACCCUGACGCCUUCCAACACACCCCUGGGACGCAACCUCUCGACUCACCAGACCUACCCGGUGGUGGCAGAUCCUCAUUCACCCUUCGCCAUAAAGCAGGAAACCCCAGAGCUCUCCAGUUCUAGCUCCACCCCUUCCUCUUUAUCUAGCUCCGCCUUUUUGGAUCUGCAGCAAGUCGGCUCUGGGGGCCCAGCAGGUGCCUCGGUCCCACCCUUCAAUGCCUUUCCCCAUGCUGCCUCCGUGUACGGGCAGUUCACGGGCCAGGCCCUCCUCUCAGGGCGAGAGAUGGUGGGGCCCACGCUGCCUGGAUACCCACCCCACAUCCCCACUGGUGGGCAGGGCAGCUACGCCUCUUCUGCUGUCGCAGGCAUGGUGGCAGGAAGUGAAUAUUCUGGCAAUGCCUACAGCCACACCCCCUACUCCUCCUACAGCGAGGCCUGGCGCUUCCCCAACUCCAGCCUGCUGAGUUCCCCAUAUUAUUACAGCUCUACAACAAGGCCAAGCGCACCACCCACCUCUGCCACGGCCUUUGACCAUCUGUAGUUGUCAUGGGGACAGUGAGGACAACCAGGCAACAGGAGGACUUGGCCUGAGACAGGCCCCAGAGAGUCACACAAAGGAAUCUUUAUUUAUUACAUGAAAAAUAACCACAAUUCCAACAUUGCGGCUCACUCCCUGUGUGGUCAGUUUAAUGAACCAUGAAAGUCAGGAUGACCUUGGAGAAGGCCAAACUGUCCUCCGAGAUUCCUUUUGUGGGGGACAGGAGUUCCAGGAAAAAACAAGAAGCAUCCCAUUUCAAAAGAGAUGGAAUUAGAGGAGAAAUGUACCCAGGCUGGUACCCACCAAAGGAGAGAAAAGGGGUUCAUGAAGAACUUAGAGGGAGACCUGUCUGAGGGUGUACAAGGACCACCUGUGCGAUCUUCAUCAAUACAACUCCAGCAAUCAUGGACUGUAAGCAAGCCCUUCUGGCCCAUCAGUCAUAGCCCAGGGCCAAUGCUCUACCUAUCAUUCAUCCUAGGAGUGACCAUCUUUAGCCUCUACCACCUGCUGGGCAAGUCAACCAGCAACUUUCUGGGGAUGUCAACCUACCUUCCCUUUCUUGUUACUGUGAGCCUACAAGCACCCCCUAGCCUCUCAACCAGCGGGUCACCCCUUUGGCAGCAGUGAACCGGU